UUCCGAUUAGAGUAGGUCCUUUUGUUUCCAUCUUAAUUGUGCUUUGGUUCUGCAACACGCGUCCUCCUUCGCCCUUGCAAGUUUCCUUGAAUCCGUUCUCAUAUGGGUAUUAUUUCUAUUUCAUAUUCAUCUGCUUCAAUGUCGGUCUCCGUACAUUCGAUUUGACUGCCCUAGGCACUAUGGAGGAGGAGAAAGUCGUUAGUGGGACUUGUUCUUCUUCCAAGGUGGUAUCUUCUUCGUCUUUCCCCUCUGCAACUACGGCCACUGGUGCUGCAUCUUCUUCUACUACGUUUAAGGAUGGGCGUGGGUUCUUCGUGGAGCUUAAUCCAGGCGAGACCACCAUCGUGUCUUGGAAGAAGCUGCUCAAGGAUGCCAACAAAGCGAAUCGAUCGCCUGUUGCUGCGCCUGAGGCUCCAACCGGCGCACACCCGGCCCUUGAAUCUCGUAUUGCUCCGGUUCAAGCUGCGGAGGAUGAAGUUAAAGAUGCACCUCCUUCAAAUCGUUUUAGUGCUGUGAUUGAGAAAAUUGAACGCCUCUAUGUGGGUAAACAAAGCAGCGACGAGGAAGAACUUGACGAUAUUCCUGACGAUCAAUAUGACACAGAAGAUUCUUUUAUAGAUGAUGCUGAGCUGGAUGAAUAUUUUCAAGUUGACAAGUCACCAAUGAAGCACAAUGGUUUCUUUGUUAAUAGGGGGAAGUUGGAACGCAUAAAUGAACCCUUUGCAUCUCCUGACCACCAACCAAGGAAGCGAAGAAGAAAAGAUUUGACAAAAGCUCAUGGUGAGCAUGUACCAUAUAAACAUGCAAAAAUGGGUAAUGCGAGGAUGAAAGCUGCUGCUAGGACUGCACCAUUGGUGGGGAGCAAGUCUUCUAGUCCUCAAAGUUUGCCAGCUACAAGUGAGCACUAUCAAGAUGGGAAAGGGCAGAAUCAAUUGAAUGCUUCUAUGGGAACUUUCAAAAAGAAGUCUGCUGAUUCUAGCAUUAAAUUGGAAAAUUCUUUUUCAAAAAAUUCAAAUAAGGAUUCUUCUGUAUUACCAAUGGAUAUAAAAGAGACUGAAAAACAGAAGACUGGAAUUGUCCAAUCUAAAGAUCUCAAUAACAAGUUGAAAGUUGGAGGUGAAGCCUCUGAUGCUGCGCAUCAGACUAAUCGGGAUAAAAGUGCUUCCACUCAGUUUGAGCAUCAACUGAAGAAAGAUGUUAAUGAGCUAGAGGCAUUUGCAAAAGUUAGGUACCGGGAUAAAAAUGGUGGUACGGAGCUGCCUGACCUUAAUUUGUCUGGUAGCAAGUACCCCUCUCAGACUGCUACAACAUCAAUGCAUGCAAAGGAAGGUUCUAGUGUUAGGCCAAAAGGUACAAUGCUUGAAAGGGCCAUUAGGGAGCUUGAGAAGAUAGUUGCAGAAUCUAGACCACCAAUUGUGGAAGUUCAGGAUGCGGAUACUUCCUCACAAGCAGUCAAACGGAGAUUGCCUCGAGAAGUGAAACAGAAGCUUGCUAAAGUUGCUAGACUGGCACAGUCUAGCCAAGGAAGAAUAUCAGAGGAGUUAAUCAAUCACCUAAUGAGUAUUCUAGGCCACUUAGUGCAGCUAAAAACAUUGAAGAGAAACUUGAAGGAGAUGGUUGAAUUGGGUUUGUCGGCCAAGCAAGAAAAAGAUGAUAGAUUCCAACGAAUAAAGAAAGAGGUCGUUGAAAUGAUUAAAAUGCGGGCUCCUUCUCUGAAGCCCAAGGCAUCUGAGCAGCGAGGUGGGGCAUCUGAUGAUUUUCAAGAGGUACUUGGUUCGGAAGACAAAGGGGUCAAGGGAAAAUAUACUAUGGAUGUUGCAAUGGAGGAAAAGAUUUGCGAACUCUAUGAUCUCUAUGUUGAGGGGAUGGAUGAAGAUAAAGGUCCACAAAUCAGAAAGCUUUAUGUGGAGCUUGCAGAGUUGUGGCCAAGUGGAUGCAUGGACAACCAUGGGAUUAAAAAUGCUGUUUGUAGGUCGAAGGAGCGGAAGAGGGCAUUGCAUAACCGCCUUAAGGUUGUUGUUGUUUUUGAUGCUCAGGAUCAAGAGAAGAUCAAGAAGAAAAAAUUGUCCAUCCCAAGAGCAGAGGAGAGUGUCCGUGGUGAAGCUACUUCGGCUGCGCAGCCACGAAUCAUGCAAGAGAGGUUGGGUACUGAUUCAAGUGGACAUGCCUUGAUGGUACCCAACAGGAUGAUUACCAGUAUGACAACAUCUGCUCAGCAUCUUGCCACAUCUGUGAGAAUGUCCAAUUCAUCUACUAAUGGCCUUAGCAUGGAUAGGCCAAAACAAGAGAAGGUAAAGGGAAGUACCUUCAUGGACGACGUCAGGAAAGCAGAUGGUGUGUUGGUGAAGAAAAAGGUAAAGAAGAAUCCUGAAUCAGAGUUGGGGGAACUUCAUUUACAUCCAGAGAAGUUUUCACAACACGGAAAAGAAAAGCACAAGUACCCAAAGCUUGCUGCUGCAAGCCAGCCUCAUAAAUCAAACCUUCAGACAGCCGGUAUUCCGAGCUGCAACCAACCGAGCUGACAAACAAAUAAACACACUCAGCAGUUCAGCCUUAAGAUGUUCAGUCAUGUAAAGCUCUAAUUGGCUUCUUGACAUUUUGGGGGUCGCAAAAAGCUAGAGCAUAAUAUCCCUUGUCCUUUCUAGUGUCUCAACUGCAUCCUUUUAAGACAGCUUGUAAUUUGGUGGUCAGUGGGCUAACUUAGUGGUGUUAAUACAACAUUGUGUAAUUAUGGGUUAGGGUUAGUCUUGACUCUUGAACAGGGACAAUUGGAAGUUGUAAUUGCAGAUCAGUUUGGAAAGGCAGGGUUUUGAACCUUGAAGGGGAAAAGUUCUCCUUUUUUGUCACUCCCUGAUCAUGUUUUAUUACAUCAAUGAGAAUGUUUUGUGCUGCCCUU